AUGGCCUCUAUUCGCGUUCUUUCCUUCGAUGCUGAGGGCCGUCCCGUGCAGUUCACUUCCUGGCUCGACGACCUGCAGUUGUAUCUUAUGAGCAAUAGCACGGACCACAUCUCCCUCUAUGACUACGCGUCUGGUGCUGCCGCUGCUCCUGCUGCCACAGCCGAGCUUAGUGUUCGUUCCCACUGGCAGACUCGUGACGCAGCUGCUCGCCUAGCCAUUCGCAGUCACCUCCCGCUAGCUGAGCUCGAGCAUUUUGGCGACUGCAAAUCCGCUAAGGCCCUGUACGACGCUGUCGUUGCUCGCUACUCCUCGCCUGCCACAGCCGAGCUUAGCCGCCUCAUGCUGCCGUACCUGUUCCCCGAUCUGUCCACCUUUACUACAGUCGCCGAUCUUAUCACCCACCUUCGCACUAGUGAUGCUCGCCUGCGUGCCGCCCUUCCCACCGAGUUCUGCGCUAAGAACCCCCCUCCACUGUACUGGACACUCCACUUCAUAGUCACCCGUCUCCCUGACACCCUCCGCUCAGUUCGAGACCACUUCCUUGCUCGCUGUCCCACUGAGCUCACAGUCGCCCUCCUAGAGGAGCAGCUGCUCGCGGCCGAAAAGAGCAUUGUAGCUGUUGGUGCUGCUCGUGGCGCUCCUCGCACCCCCAUCUUUGAGGGGUGUUCUCCCUCUCCCCUCGCUCCCUCCUACGCUGCUGCUGCUGCUGUUGACUUCCUUGGUGCUGAGUCUGUUGGCGCUGCUUCUGCUCCUGGUGGGAGGCGCCGCACCGGCAAGGGCAAGGGGGGCAAGGGUGGUGGUGGUGGCGCUGGGGGGGGAGGAGGUGGGGGAGGUGGGGGGGGAGGCGGUGCUGGAGUCUCUCUGACCGGUAUCGCGCUGAGCACCCUACAGUCACGCAUCACUGACCCUACCUUUGAGUCCUCGGCUGCGUCUGCUCUGGUCGCUGAGUUGGUUGACUUUGCUGCUGCCUGUCGUCUAGACUACGCUGCUAGCCUUGUUGCUGAGUCAGAGUCUGUCUGUCCUCUGUCCGUCGGGGGUGAGUGUGCUCUUGGCACGGACGUCCUUGAGGACAGGCAGGAGGACUUUGACUCUCUUGCGGCUGCUGUACCUCAUCUCGUGGCCUGGUUGCUUGCCCCUGAGGGAGACCCGGAUGCACUAGACAUCCCCACUCCGCGCACUUACGCAGAGGCGAUCUCGGGUCCCUACUCCUCUCAGUGGCAGACAGCCAUGGACGCAGAGAUGGCAUCCUGGAAGUCCACAGGCACCUACGUCGACGAGGUUCCCCCUCCUGGGGCGAACAUCGUCGAUGGCAUGUGGAUUUUCAGGGUGAAGCGGCCGCCAGGUUCUCCGCCUGUCUUCAAGGCUCGUUACGUUGCUAGAGGCUUCAGUCAGCGUCAGGGGGUCGACUUCUUCCAGACCUUCUCCCCCACCCCGAAGAUGACCACUCUUCGGGUUCUGCUGCACGUUGCUGCUCAGCGUGACUACGAGCUUCACUCUCUUGACUUCAGCACAGCGUUCCUGCAGGGCAGCCUGCACGAGGAGAUCUGGCUGCGCCGCCCACCUGGCUUUACUGGGUCGUUUCCCCCUGGUACCCAGUGGAGUCUCCGCCGGCCAGUCUACGGUCUCCGCCAGGCGCCACGUGAGUGGCACGACACACUGAGGACUACACUUGCGGCUCUUGGGUUCGCGCCGUCUACUGCUGACCCGUCGCUGUUUCUGCGCACAGACACCUCGCUGCCGCCGUUCUACAUUCUCGUGUACGUCGACGACUUGGUCUUUGCUACUGCUGACACUGAGGCACUCGCUCGUGUGAAGUCGGAGCUGCAGAAGAGACACACCUGCACUGACCUGGGUGAACUGCGUAGCUACCUUGGCUUGCAGAUCACCCGGGACAGAGCUCGCCGCACCAUCACCCUGACUCAGUCACACAUGGUGCAGCAGGUCCUUCAGCGCUUCGGCUUCCAGUUCUCCUCACCACAGGCCACACCUCUGGCUACCAGCCACUCACUCUCAGCUCCACCUUCGGACGAGUCCGUAGAGCCGAGUGGCCCGUACCCAGAGCUUGUAGGCUGCCUCAUGUACCUGAUGACUUGCACGCGACCUGACCUCGCGUACCCUCUUAGCAUCCUUGCUCGUUACGUUGCGCCUGGGAGACACAGGCGAGAGCACUGGGAGGCUGCUAAGAGGGUGCUGCGUUACCUGUGCAGUACAUCAGGCAUGGGGCUGGUGCUUGGAGGACGUGACAGAGUUGUCCUCACUGGUCACUCGGACGCUUCUUGGGUGGACGACCUGGCUACGCAGCGGUCGUCACAGGGUUACACCUUCAGCCUUGGCUCUGGUUCUGUCUCGUGGCGGUCCACCCGCUCUUCCUCUGUUCUCGGCUCUAGUUGUGAGGCUGAGAUCUACGCCACAGCCAUGGCUGCACAGGAGUUACGCUGGCUCACCUACCUGCUGACUGACUUGGGAGAGCGGCCUAGUUCUCCUCCAGUUCUGUACGGUGACAACAAGGCGGCUCUUGCCUUGUGUCAGGAGCACAGACUGGAGCACAGGACGAAGCACAUUGCUCUUCGCUACUUUCUUGCUCGAGAGCUUCAGCAGCGCGGUCAGCUUCGGCUUGUGUACGUGGACUCGAAGGCCAACACUGCUGAUAUCUUCACCAAGGCGCUCCCGCCUAGUGAUCAUCAGCGGCACUGUACUUCUUUAGGCCUUGUGUCCACGUUUCCUCACUUGCUCACUGCUUGA